AUGGCUACCGAGAGACUCCAGACAUACGCGCAAAAGCCCCGCGUGUUCAUCUUAUCCGACAUCUCUAAUGAACCGGAUGAUGCCGAAUCGCUAUGUCGAUACCUUCUGUACUCCAAUGAGUUCGAUACACAGGGCCUUGUAGCUUGUACAAGCACCUGGAUGAAGAACAGAGUGUGCCCGCAAGACAUGGAAAAAAUCAUCGACGCAUAUGCCGACGUUGUUGACAACCUGAAUAAGCACGUACACCCGGAAUGGCAAUACCCAACCGCAGACCAUAUGCGUGGGUUGAUCCGCAAGGGCGCCGAGACCUACGGCAUGUCUGCUGUUGGCACAGACAUCCCACUGUCUCCAGGUGGUCAGUUGUUGUACGAUCGGAUCAUCGCACCCUCCACACAGCCGCUGUGGAUCCUUUGCUGGGGCGGAACAAACACACUCGCCUCGGCAUUGCUCAAAGUAGACGACGAUUUCGAGCCUGAGGACUCCAAGCGCCUGCUCUCACGUCUACGUGUUUACGCCAUCUCCGACCAAGAUGACACGGGCGCGUGGAUUCGCAACAACUUCCCUGACGUCUUCUACAUCGCUUCCAUCCACGGCUGGAACCAGUAUGGUAUGGCUGCAUGGACUGGUAUCUCCGGCGACAAGUACUACGGCUUCGAUGAGGGUGGGCCGGACUUCUCCAAAAUGGAAAAGAGUUGGAUCAAGGAUAACAUCCAGAUUGGGCCACUUGGAAGCGCGUACCCUGACUAUCUUUUCAUUCCGGAAGGCGACACACCGACGUUUCUCUACCUCAUCCAAAACGGUUUAGGUGUACCGGAUUGCCCGAACUACGGAUCUUGGGGAGGUCGCUAUGGACGGACUGAUGUCAGCGCCGAGGGACUGAACAGCAACCACUACAGUGAUGUGGUGGACAGAGUCAAAGUCGGUGAUAAGACCUACACAUCGAAUCAUGCGACUAUCUGGCGCUGGCGCGAUGCGUUUCAGAAUGACUUUGCUGCGCGUAUCAAAUGGAGCAUGGAGUCUGACUUUGCAAAAGCGAACCAUCACCCAGUCAUCAAUAUCAGUGGUUUCAAAGGCUUGGCACCUGCGCAGAUCACUGCAGAGGCCGGAUCAACCGUCCUUCUUGACGCCUCUGCUACUUACGAUCCUGAUGGCAGAAAGCUCACGUUCAAAUGGUGGCAUUAUCGUGAACCCACAGCUACGCAAUGGUGGGUUGAUGCCGAAGUUGCGGAACUCGGAAUCAAGAAGCUAGACGACGAGGGCAGAAAGGUCGAGAUUACGCUUCCACCGCCUGAGAAGUGCGCGGUAGAGCUGAUGAGCAGAAAGCCGGUUGCUCAAGGUCAACUGCUUCAUCUGAUACUUGAAGUUACCGAUGACGGGACGCCGUCUCUAACAAGCUACCGGAGAGUAUUGAUUCAGGCAACGAACAAGGAGCUAAGAGGUGGUGGAAAGGGAGCUGACGCUAUUGGCGACGUAAUGAAACAAGCAUGA